AUCCAGGCAACAAUCGUGUAGAUAUAUCCAGUAUUGCCAGAGACUCCAGGUGUGACUUUCCUACGCGUUUCUCGUCGCUUUGUGUAUCGCCAUCACCCGCUUCGAACCAGCAAGCAUGGUGUACGGGGGCAAGCCAAGUCGAGGUUGUGGAACGUGUAAAAAGCGAAAGAUCAAGUGCGACGAAGGUCGACCGACAUGCACACAAUGUGAAAAGAGCUCACGGAUAUGUCUGGGUUACAAAGAUGAAGCAGACUACAUCUUCCGAAAUCAAACCGACAAGGUGACGAGUAAAGUCGCGAAGACAAGAAAGCCUCGAAAGUCCGGAUCUCCUGAUUCGACGUAUAGUAAGGAUAGUGUAGUAGCACUUCCGAAGAGCGCUGCGUCUGAGUUACCAGCCGACUUAACAAUUCUUCCGAUUUCUAGCCUUCACAAUCAACUGAUACGCACGCGAGGAUCGCUCCAGACCAACCUUGAAGCUCUAACAACGCUAUGCCAGCAGCCAACCGUGUCAGUCGAGGAGGAAGUCGUCAAUGUCUACUUCAGGAAUUUCGUUCGCUUGUACAGAACUCAGGAUACCGUUCGAGAGUUUCUUCCAUUCUUGGCUCCCAUGUACGGUGCCUCCUCGAAAGACUCGUUACUCCGGACAGCUACCCAUGCAGCUGCGUUAUGCGCCAUAUCACAGCUACCUGAACAGAGACAUCUCCAGUACCGUGCAGCAGACACAUACGGCAAGGCGAUGCGCAUUGCUGCAAGUGCUCUUCAGGACCCAGCACAAGCUACAUCGGACGAAACCCUUCAGGCGACGUUGCUGAUGUGUCUCUACGAGUCCAUCAAAGCUACUGAUAACUCCAUUAAUGCAUGGUCGAACCAUGUGGAAGGUGCAAGUGCAAUUGUCCAAAGCAGGGGAACAAAACAAAUCGAAACUCAGCAAAGUCUAGCGCUCUUCCGAGCAGCACGAACACAUAUGUUAAUCAAUUGUAUACGACAAGGAAAGCCUACCAAACAACUCGAGUCAGGGAUGAUCUGGCUCUGCGAUAAUACCGAAGACGACCCACUAGCAUACCUGACUCAUUGCACCAUUGAGCUACCUGCGCUCAUGGAAAAGACUCGACGACUUUGCGAGCGAGAGCGCGACCCCAACAGCAUGGCAGAUAUGGAGGAUAUUCUCGAAAGAGCAUGUCAUUUGGAAGCCACCAUGCAGAACUGGGUUGCAUCAUUAUCAGAUGAUUGGCUGCCACAUACAAUCGCUUACAUACCGGAGAAACCAGUAAACCCACUCACUGCGGAUGCAUGGGUUGGCCCUGUGCAUGCAUUCAGCGAUGUACACAAAGGGUGUGUUUUAAACAAACUGCACUCGUGCCAUAUGCUUUCAGCGGCUGUCAUCUUAAAUGGACUAGAGUGGCUCAGGCCAUACGACUACCCAAUGGACGAUCGCUACAUCCACACUCGAUGGAUCGAACAACGAACUGUCGACGACAUUUGCUCGAGUGUCCCAUUCUACCUGGGCAUGGGUCAACAACGAGCCAGAACACCAGACCAGAUGGAAACGAUAGCCGAUCUGAUUGGUGGCUAUUCACUUAUCUGGCCUCUCCAUGCAGCCGCAAGCUGUCCGCGUAUCUCAAAAGACCAAUGGCUUUACAUAUAUGGGCGUCUAGCCAAGAUUGCGAAGGAGUGUGGAUUACAACAAGCGCUUCUUAUAUCGACAGAUCGCAAAGACCAAUUUGUGUCUCCCGUCUGAACACAGGUCUAUGGCAGCACUUUGUUGUGUCUUACAACCUCGUCCGACCCCGUUUCAAGAGGAAGCUGGAAGAUGCUGUACACUUGCACUAUUUGGAGCAGUCGUUUCAACUG